AAGAGAAGAGAUUUGGUUACUUUGAUCCGCAGCUAUAGCCUUUAAGAGUGCACUGGAUUAAAAGUUUAUCACAAAUUUUCAGUGAGCUCCACAAUUGCAUGACGUGUCAAUAGAUUUUUUUACUAUAUAUAGUAUAGUAUUGUUCAUAUAUAUUAAGCAGCUUAGAGGAUUAUAUUAUAUACAUUCAUAUAAGGUUAAAGAUUUCAGUUAUAUUAGAUUUCCUUUCUGACUUAUAUCGCAUUGUAAAAGAUCAGUAAUGGAGAAGGGUGGUGCAGAAAAUCCCAAUAAGAUUAACAAAUAUGCCUGUGCUUGUUCCAUUGUUGCUUCUAUGAUAUCUAUCAUCUUUGGCUAUGAUACUGGUGUGAUGAGUGGAGCAAUGAUAUUUGUCAAAGAAGAAUUCCAUAUCAGUGAUGUAAAAACAGGAGUUUUAGCAGGGAUCCUAAAUUUAUGUGCCUUAGUUGGCUCACUCUCUGCUGGAAGAACCUCUGACUAUGUUGGUCGACGUUACACCAUAGUUAUAGCUUCGAUAAUUUUCUUACUUGGAUCCGUUAUAAUGGGAUACGGUCCAAAUUACGCGAUCUUAUUAGCUGGCCGAUGUGUUGCUGGUGUUGGUGUUGGUUUUGCGCUUAUGAUAGCACCAGUUUAUUCAGUAGAAGUUUCAUCUCCAUCGACGCGUGGAUUUCUAACAUCUCUUCCAGAAAUUGGAAUUAGCACUGGGAUCUUACUUGGUUAUUUGUCAAACUACGUUUUUUCUGGAUUGCCUCUGAGACUUGGAUGGAGAAUAAUGUUAGGGAUUGCAGCAAUCCCUUCACUUUUCUUGGCGAUUGGCAUUCUCAAAAUGCCAGAGUCUCCUAGAUGGCUUAUCAUGAAAGGCCGUCUAGGAGAAGCCAAGGAAAUAAUGUUCAAAGUUUCAAACAGCCCUCAAGAAGCUGAAUUUAGAUUGAGGGAGGUUAAGAAAUCAGUAGGCAUCGACGAAAACUGUGAUGAUGACAUUGUCAAGAUUCCGACUUCAGCUAAGUCACAACGCGAAGGUAUUUGGAAAGAAUUGUUGCUAAAACCGACACCAUCACUCAGAUGGAUUUUAUUUGCUGGUGUAGGAAUUCAUUUCUUUGAACAUGCAACUGGGAUUGAAGCUGUGAUAUUAUACAGUCAUAAAAUCUUUGCCAAAGCAGGGGUUCAUGAUCAUAGGAAACAAAUUCUUGCCACAUGUGGUGUUGGACUUACUAAGUUCACAUUCAUAGUGGUGUCCACUUUCUUGAUUGACAGAGUUGGUAGGAGAAAACUAUUGUUGACAAGUGUAAGUGGCAUGGUGUUGACAUUAACUGGACUUGGAAUUUUCUUGACUGUGGCAGAGCACUCUGAUGGAAAACUCAUUUGGGCUUUGGUCCUUAGCAUUAUUACAACUUAUGCAUUUGUGAUGUUUUUCAACAUUGGGCUUGGACCUGUUACUUGGGUAUAUAGUGCUGAGAUUUUCCCUCUUAAGUACAGGGCUUUAGGAGCUGGAAUUGGUGUUGCAGUUAAUAGGUUGAUGAAUGCCACUGUUUCUAUGAGCUUUUUGUCAAUUUCUAAUGCAAUUACUACUGGAGGUGCUUUCUUCAUGUUUGCUGGGAUAUCAGUCAUAGCUUUGACCUUCUUUUACUUCUUCUUGCCUGAGACUAAAGGCUUGUCUUUGGAAGAAAUGGAAGCUCUUUUCACUAAAGGAAGUCAUUCUAAGAAUCCUAGCAAAGAGGUAGAGAUUGGAAAACGUUGAUGGCUUUGAUUAUUAUGCUUUGCAUUUUUGUAGACUUCCGCCUAUACGUGAAACAUGGAUAAAGGAGGAGGGUUUGCUAGUAUAAAAGUAGUUAUCAUUUUCUUUGCUAGUGUAAACGUAUGUCAAAAUACCGGAAAUAAACUUCUCUUUCUCUGCAAUGGUAACAUAUCUAUUGUAUUUUUAGUAGUGAAAUUUGGAGAGGAUAGUGUUAUGUA